AUGACUGACAAGAUUGUUGUUCUCGGUGCUGGUGUUACUGGCUUAACAUCUGCCAUUAGUCUAUUGAGAAAAGGCUACAAGGACGUUACUGUUGUCUCCAAGCAUGUCCCUGGAGAUUGGUCUAGUGAAUACACUUCUCCAUGGGCUGGUGCUUCCAUUCUCACCAUCGCUGCUCAUGAUGACUAUCGUCUCCAAGAGAUGGAUCUGUACACAAUGAAAGAGUUUGAGCGUCUUUCCAAAGAAGAACCCGAUGCUCAUGUUAUGCCCUGCAAAGGCAUUCAAUAUUGCGAGGAUCCCGCUUUACCUGGUGAAGACCCUCAUUGGGUCCGCAAGAUUUACAAGAAUGUCAAGGAGAUCCCCAAGAGUGAGUUGAUUCCUGGUGUGUCUUAUGGUUACACUUUUGAAUCUUUCACUGCCAAUGUGCCCAAGUAUUUGCAAUGGUUGGUAAAGACCCUUAGAUCCCUCGGCGGCCGUCUUAAGAGAAAGUCAUUUGAGAGCAUCCAGCAAGCCAUCGAAGAGUUCCCCGAAGCUACUGUCAUUGUCAACUGCACUGGUUUGGGAUCUUACUAUUUGACUGAUGUCAAGGAUCACACAAUGUAUCCCAUUCGUGGACAAACCGUUGUCGUCCGUGCUCCUCACAUCAAGACCCAACAUUAUAUUGAUGCCAGCAAUCGUUGGACCUACAUUAUUCCUAGAGACGACGGAACCGUAAUCUGUGGUGGCACAGUAGAUCGUGAAAACCGCAGUACAUCUCCAGAUGAUGCCAUUACCAAAGACAUCCUGGAACGUGUCUACAAGUUGUAUCCUGAAAUCACACACCACAAGGGCCCUGAUCAUUUCGACAUUGUUAGCGUUAAUGUAGGUUUCAGACCUGGACGUGAGGGUGGUAUCCGUCUCGAGAAAGAGACGAGACGUCGCUCUAAUGGUCAAAAGGUCACUGUGUGCCACAAUUAUGGCCAUAGCUCUCAUGGCUACCAAUCUAGCUGGGGCUCUUGCGCGAAAUUAGUAGAAUUGGUUUCCAAUGAGCGACUUUCCAAACUUUAA